GUAAACCAGUCAAUGUUAUUAGAUUAUUGCUUUCUUCAAUAUGGCCGCCUCUUGAAUCUUUCCCAACAUUUUCCUUGUUGCUUCUCAUUUUUGCGUUUCGCAGGAAGAGUCAAGGUGGAACAUCAACCUCUCCUCUUCUGAACUUUCUGAACACCUUCAAAUAAUUCAUUUCAAUUUCAAUCUGCCUCGUUUUUCUAAACAUUUUCCUUUUUGCUCGGUGCUUCUCCUUCUUGUUUUGUUGGAGGAUUCAACGCGGAAAAUCUUUCUCCUUUUCUCGACGCUUUCCAGGAAGGUGGAUACAUCUUCGGUUUUCGUAUGAACACCUAUUUAUCUGCACCAUCUCAUCAUCAACUUCAUUUCAAUUUGCCUUCUCUGAAUGUAAAUCAACCCCAUCCUUGUAUUUACAUAAAUGGCAUCUUCCUCAUCUCACCAACACGAUGUAGAACAUCGUGCUUUCUCUGGAAUUGAACCUGAUACUAAAAGGAGGAAGGUUUCUGAAUCUUCAAGGUUAUUUGAUGUAUUCAUCAACCACAGAGGACCAGAUGCCAAAGAAACUCUAGCUGUUCCUCUUUACAGUUCUCUUCAGGAAUUGCGACUGCAGGCGUUUCUUGAUAGGGAAGAGAUGGAACUUGGAGAUUAUUUUCCCUCUACAAUUGAGACUGCCAUCCGCUCUGCAUCAGUUCAUAUUGCAAUAUUUUCAGAAAGAUAUGCAGAGUCAGCUUGGUGUCUAACUGAGCUAAUUCUCAUGCUAGAAAGUGGAGCCAAGAUUUUUCCUAUAUUUUAUGGAGUGAGGCCUUGCGAACUUCGCUACAUAGAGAACGGGGCGUAUGCCGAUGCAUUCACAAGCUAUAAAAAGAAAUGCAGAUAUUUGCAGAAGCUUGAGAGCUGGAAGAAAGCCCUUCAGUCUGCUUCAUUAAUCACUGGCUUGGAAAUCGACAGUGCAGAGUCAUUCCGCAAUUCACAGGGCUUUAAGAACUUUGUGCUAGAUGUGCAAAAAGAAGUAGAAAGGACAAAACCUUUAUUUGUUGCCAAACAUCCAGUGGCUCUUCACAAACUUGUUAAAGAUUUUGAAAGCCAGUGUCUUGAAAAGCUUGUUCAUGAUUUUGAAAGCCGGUGUGGUCUGAAUAGAAAAGGGAAAGAUCAGUCCAAGAUAGUGGGGAUCUUUGGUAUGGGUGGGGCGGGCAAGACAACCCUGGCAAAGGAAUUAUUCAACCGAAAACGUUCGAACUACAUGGCAACAUGUUUUUUGUUUGAUGUGCGAGAGAAGUCCUCCAGAUUUGGAUUACCUUCCUUGCAAGCUGAAGUCCCUUGUCUGGAAAGUACUCUGUGGUUGCUGGUUAUAAACAGAUUGGUAGACAGUUGUUUGGGGACAUUGAGGUCUCUUGGUGGAAGCAUGUUUGGCACAAGUUGUCAUGGCCCAAGUGCAACUUCUUUAUGUGGUUAGUGGCCCAAAAUCGGUGUCUCACUUGGGAUAAUUUAUGUAAGCGUGGUUUUCAAGGCCCUUCUAUGUGUGUUUUGUGUCAAGGUUGUGAAGAAAGUGUAUCCCAUAUCUUCUUCCAAUGCUCCUAUGCUAGGGAGAUUUGGCACUUCUGGUGGGGAGUGUGGAAUACGACCUGCUGGCAUGUUUCCUCUUUGGUGGAAUUUUGGGAACGAUGGGGAAGGGCCCCUGUUUCUACUUCCUUUCUCCAGGCUGCUUGGGCCAUUGGGCCUUCCUUUAUUAUCUGGAAUCUUU